UUGUGUACCUAAAAAUAAAAUUCAUCAAAUUUACCUGCCUACUUGAAAAAAGUAUAUAUUUCUUUAGAGUCCAUUUGGAAUUACUUAAAACACCUUACACGUGCUGGUUCAGGAUGGUAGAAGCAACAACGCUAGUACUUCUAUUGGCGAGCACAUUGAUCACCCUGGCGAGAUCUCAGGAGGCAGAGAUCUCAGCUAAGGGUUUGGACAUGAUCCAACCACCAUUGAAAUUAGACAAAAAUCUUCGUCAAGCUCUGUUGAAAGCCCUGACCGAUUUAGAAGCUGAAUCAGCGGAACAGCACAAAGAUGAGAGAGAAUCCAUCUCGCAGAGAGACACGUCCAGCUUCGAAGGUGUGGCAAAGAAUAAUCUGAACAAAGAUCUGGGAGUACAAAAGUCCACGUACUCUUUCAAGAGUUUCCCUGGGGACGAUGAUGUACCAAGUGAGGACAAGCUACAGAAUUCCAGCUUCGACGAGGCUGUUCGUUACGUAACCCUGAAGACACCUGCGAUGAACAUCGAGAAGGCCUCGCAGGACGACGCGAGAAGCUUUCACGUGCAGAAUGUGAUACUUCCAGAUAAGAGUUCCUCGUCGUUCGGAGCCAAAACCGAGUCCAAAUUGGACCAGCAAGGGACGAAGAGUCCACAGCCUUCUGGCAACGCUUUCUCCGUCAGCAAGGUGGAAAGUUUCACGCUGAAACCAGCUACCCAGAUUUCCGAAAGCCUCGCGGGAAGUGCCACGAACAGUAUCGCUGCUGCAAACGCGCUGAUUGCUCAAAAACCGACCCAGACAACUCCUACCGUUGCAACAAAGAGUAAUAACGUAACAGUGAUCAGUUCCAGUGAUAGCAAAGACAAAACAGAAGAAGUAAAGAUCUUCCAAGCGCCUUUAGUGGCCGCGUUUACGGUUCAGCAGGAUGAACAGGGUGUGCCCAAAAGCGUGGUACCCAUUUUCAGAUCAAACAACGACGAACAGGCGUUGACUCUUCAGGAACAGUUGGAGUUUAAGCAGAAACUUUUAGAAAAACAGUUGCAAGAGCUUCACCAGCAACAAAUUCAACAGACGCAGUUCCUGGCGAGGCAACAGCAACUCUACGAGCAACAGGUUAGACAGAAGCAACAGCAGUACUAUUUCCAGGAGCAAGCUAGAAUCAAGCAGCUGGAGGAACAAGCUAGGAUCAAACAGCUGGGGGAACAAGCUAAGUUCAAGAGGCUGGAGGAGCAGAGGAUCAAACAAUUAGAGGAACAACGUUUCAAGUUCGAGGAACAAAGGCUACAUCAAAGGUUCCAACCACAGCGUCCUCAAAAACAAUUCUUCCCAGAACAGAACAAUAAUUUCUUGUCCUUCCAACCGUCUACGGAACCUAACGUUCAUCUGCAGCCUAGCGUCGCCUUGGAAGUACCUGCUGCUGCUGCGCCUCCUCCUUUUCAGCCAAAUUUCCAGGACCAGUUUCGUUUGCAACAGUUCCAUCCGCAACAACAGCAGCAAUUACAGCCCCUGCAGCAACCUCAACAGCAACAGCAGCAUCAACAGAGACUUCAACAGAGCUUCAGCUCCUUCUCUUCUGAUUUCCACCCUCCGUUAUCUUCGACAACCAGAUUCAACAGACAGGAAGCCUUCAAUGCUGUAGGCAACUUCGGUUUCAACGUGGACAACAAAGUCACUCCCAACAGAAACAAUUUCGGUUUCAAUCCACCUCAAAGGAGUCCGGCCAACUUCUACAAUCCUUUCGCACAGUACAGACAAAACAAACCUCCCACGCCAGCCAAACAGAUACAGAAUUUAUUGUAUCAAUCGGGUAUCGCCGGUGACUUGAACAACGUGCCGGGUAUCGGCAACCAAGAGGACCUGAACAUCGUCUCAAAAGUGUUGGCACUGAACGUGGGCGCCGUGCCAAAUAAGAAUCUCCAGUAUUCGACGAAUCAAGGGGCAGCCACGUUCGGCAGAGCAUCUGCGUGAAGAAAGAAAUGGAAGUUAGACGAAUCAUGUAAAUCAACGCAGGACAAUACGAGUCAGGUGAAAUCGAACUCUCACUUUUUCCCUAUUUCAUCAUCUUCAUAAUCCUUCUCAUUUCAAAUUCGACAUGUCCCUUAAAUAUCCUUUCCAAAAACCAGUGGGAAUUAUAAAAGUCUUCGUCUUCAAUAUUUGAAUCUGUCGAGUCAUUCGAGUCGUGAGUUUGAUAGCUUCGUUAUGAGAUAGCCAGGCUUGAAGAGGAAUUUACGUGUACGUGUUUUGUUUGAAGAAUUCAUCGCGCCUUUUCUAUCAAUUAAUUAUGCUGAUUAUAUCGCAGACAGUUUGCAUGUUUCUUAUUAUGAUACAAGUAGACAAAACACGCGACCGGUUGUAAAUUUCUCGCAAUUAGCGAUUCAUUUAUUAGCAGCAAAGCCGCGAACACGCAAUUGUGAAAGUCUUAGACCGUGGUUUGUUACUGGUAAAUAGAAGAUUCGGUCAAUGGAAUGCAUUUGGUGUAUUGUAGUCAGCGAACACGGUAAUACUGAGCAAUUCCAAGUGAAAUCGAACCGAAACGUUCGCAUAACUAUGAAACGGGCUCCAUCGCGCGUGGGAUCGUAACGGCUCCCGAAGAAAAACAACUUUCCACGUAGUCCUCGUAAUAAGGAAGUCCUUAAAAGAUCAUAACGAUAUUAAUUAAGAUCCAGAACGUUUUUAAAAUAGAAUUCAUCCUGGCAUCCACGAAUUACGCAAACUUGUACCACGUUGAAAUUGAUCCUGUAUUGUAUAAUCGCACGACCCUUGCUUCCUGUCCUCCAUUUCGCUUUCUUCUUUUUAUUUCUUCCACCUAUUUUCCACGCCAACAAGUUUCAUCGGUGCCCGUGAAACGUGCUCAAUGGUGGAGAAUCUGGUAUACCGUGAAAUUUCUUCGUACCAUGCUGCCUAGCUUCGUGCAAUCCAAUCUUAACGAUAAGCGAAGAAGAUUUAACGUUUGUGGUACAGCUGCUGUAAGCAUCUCGUUUCACGGUAUCUGUAAAUCGUAACGAUAUUUAUCGUAAUUGUAAGACUUUCAGGGAAGAGGAUGACGGCGAUUGAACCGCGAAACAGUGGCGGCUCGCGUAUAGGCACUGUGGAACUGCAGGACCCCCUAUUUCCACUUGAUAUUAUCGAUAACAUUUAAUAUAAUGAGUCUUCUUUUCUUUAUUUCUUUCUUUAUACUUGUACAAUAUAUAAUGCUUAAGCUUAAUGCCAGUAGCCAUCCCCCAGUUUAUGAAAAAGAUAGAAAAAUCUUUCUGCAGUUCAUAGUUCCAGCGGCGUGGUGUUUGAUUGCGUGCGCAUGCGCACAUAGGAAGCUGCGUAUAGGCACUGUGGAACUGCAGCAUCCCUUAUUUCCACUUGAUAUUAUCAAUAACAUUUAAUAUAACGAGUCUUUUUCUCUUUAAUUCUUUCUUUAUACUUGUACAAUAUAUAAUCCUUAAGCUUAAUGCCAAUAGCUAUCCCCCAGUUUAUGAAAAAGAUAGAAAAAUCUUUCUGCAGUUCAUAGUUCCAGCGGCGUGGUGUUUGAUUGCGUGCGCAUGCGCACAUAGGAAGCUGCGUAUAGGCACUGUGGAACUGCAGUAUCCCUUAUUUCCACUUGAUAUUAUCGAUAACAUUUAAUAUAACGAGUCUUUUUCUCUUUAAUUCUUUCUUUAUACUUGUACAAUAUAUAAUCCUUAAGCUUAAUGCCAGUAGCCAUCCCCCAGUUUAUGAAAAAGAUAGAAAAAUCUUUCUGCAGUUGAUAGUUCCAGCGGCGUGGUGUUUGAUUGCGUGCGCAUGCGCACAUAGGAAGCUGCACGUGAGGCUGCGAGGGAGAGUGCCGCGUUUUUUUUUUGUUUUCUUUUAAAACAAAGACCAAAAAUUGUCUGGAGCAGCACCCCCACUAAUUUUAGCUACGAACCGCCACUGCCGUGAAAUAUGAUAUAGGAUAUCUAAAAAAAAAUCAUUACCCUGUAUAACCUAAAGAGUAUCUUUAUCAUAUUUUCGACUACAGUCGGAAUAAUUGGAUAAUAUAUCUAAACCAUGACAUCCGCGUAACCAUAACGCAUGGUGUACCUAAUAGCGGGCAUUCGACGCUCUAUCUAAAAAAAUGUCGAAUCACUUUGAUACUACUUCUCAAUAUUAAAAAUUUGAUAAGUUUCUAUAUUCAAAGUGGUUCGAAGCGAUAAUUAGCCCAGCAGUAGGUGUAUCUGGUGUCUUCGAGCAGACGCAUCGGCGAUUAUUAAUUAUUUAUCUCUAGAUGUAUGUAUGUAAGUGUAGGACGAGCUAGCUACGGGAUAUCGCGCCACGAGUAGUACAACUCUCCUUUAAGAUCAAGGGUCUCGUAAAAUCGUGCAUCCGGCCACACUCCGGGAUUGAAAAUACCUCGUCGACUGUAAAUAAACUUUCGCCAGGACGAAGGUUCACAAUGCCACCGGGUAAGAACAGCACACAUUUCUGUGUGUGUCUCGUAUGUCCUCAAUUUCACGAGCGUUUGGCAUAGAUUCGUGAUUUCUCUCCGCGGACAUAUCGAUGAAUCUCCUCCGGGGGUGGUCGUGAAUCAGUCGACUUAUAACCAUCAAUUAUUGCCGAGUAAUAAUUUUAAUUUUCUUGCCACUUACGGUAAUUGUCGUUAUUGCAGAAUGUCAUUUAUUAGAAGAUUCAUUUGAAAUUCAGAAAAAUAAAUGAGACACGUGUGUUGGGAUGCACUUUGAGUUAAAGGAAUCGUUAAAAUGAAAUGCAUACAGUUCGUACGUGCGUGAGCGUGAUUCCUCGAAUGUCUGUUGAAAUUUAAAUUUACGUUACAUAUUACUAUGUGUAUAACAUAAGAGUAGGAAUACGUUAGACGUAAUCGACAAGUUUUGCUUGUAAUUUAUCUGACGCCAAAUUAUACAAAUCUUUGUAUAAAUGUUAAUAAACUAAUUC